UGCCCUCCCUCCACCUUUCGUCCGAUCUUUGUGGCACAUCACCAUAAAUCGCGACCUCCGAGAACAUUUUCACCCCCCACCACCCAGGGCAAUCAGUGUUGUCACGACAGGCGCUUGGACCCUCAACGCCUAGGUUGACCGGAUUGGUCUCGCUCGUUGCUUUCUCAUCUCGAUUAGUUUCAUCGAGAUUCUGGAAUCUUCCCAUCUACCACUCUUUGACAUCUUUGCGCUGUUACGUGUUGCCGCUUCAUCUCCGAAUCCUUCAUCUAACCAUUCUCUCCCCGUAGAUCUGUUCGCGCAAGCAAACUCCUCGAUCGAGUCGCUUUGGUUUCGCAUCGCACAAGAUGGAGGCCAUUCAUACUCAUCCUUCGAACGCCGCGCAGGCCAAGGCCUUCACCGCGCCUGGAUCGCUCUCGUUCCCCGGCGGCGCAAACGAGUUCGCGAACCCCGCGCCUCAGCCCAACGGAGGAAUGACGACCAACGGCGCUCAGCAGCAGGGCGUCCAAGCCACAAACGGUACUGGGGUGACUCCCGCGACCCCCGCUGCGACGCCCGGAGCUGGUCCUGCGGGUCCGAGUGGCAUCACUCCCACGCUCCAAAACAUCGUCGCGACGGUAAACUUGGACUGCCGUCUAGACCUGAAGACGAUCGCACUGCACGCCCGCAAUGCGGAGUACAACCCCAAGCGUUUCGCUGCUGUCAUCAUGCGCAUCCGCGAGCCCAAGACCACGGCGCUCAUUUUUGCCAGCGGCAAAAUGGUCGUCACGGGUGCCAAGUCGGAGGAUGACUCGAAGCUUGCGUCGCGCAAGUAUGCUCGCAUCAUCCAGAAACUAGGCUUCAAUGCCAAGUUUACCGAUUUCAAGAUCCAGAAUAUCGUCGGCUCCUGCGACAUCAAGUUCCCGAUUCGCCUUGAGGGUCUUGCGUCGAAACAUCAUAACUUCAGCUCCUAUGAGCCCGAGUUGUUCCCGGGCCUCAUUUACCGCAUGAUCAAGCCCAAGAUCGUGCUUCUGAUUUUCGUGAGUGGCAAGAUUGUUCUCACCGGCGCGAAAGUGCGCGAGGAGAUCUACCAGGCUUUCGAGAUGAUUUACCCUGUACUUCAAGACUUCCGCAAGGUCUAGACCUGCGCAACCUUGGCCAGCACGCGGAAGUCACUUGCGCAAAACAUUAUUGCGCUAUUUCGCUGCAGCGAAAAUCACCCACAAACUUGUCAACGACUUGUAACACU